AACCACCAGCUUGCAGCCAAAAAUAGGUGCUGGGUUCUCCCUCUUUUUUCCCAUAUAUAAGCUUGAACCCUGUGAUAGGUUCUCACUCUGCUUCUGACUCAAGAAGAUAAGACGAUUUCCUUCAUCAAGCAUUGAAAGCUUCUAACCAGAAUGAAGAUCAUCAUCUUAACGUUUUGCCUGAUUGGGGCAGUUUUUACCAAAUCCAUUUCUUUUAACGGCGUCGCUGAGUCAAGUGAAUCAAGCGAAUCAGCUCAGACUGGAGGUUCAUAUAAUCCACAGCCCUAUCAACAUUACAACCACCAGGACCAACACCAGACUGGAGGUUCAUAUGAUCCCCAAACCUAUCAACAUUACAACCACCAUUACCAACAACAGAGCUCCGAAGAAAAUCGCCAACACCAAGCUCAGACUGGUGGAGCAUAUGAUCCACAAUACUAUCAACAUUACAACCCCCAGAACCAGCAACAGAGCUCUGAAGAAAAUCACCAACACCAAACUGGAGGGUCAUAUGAGCCCUACCCCUACCAACAUUACAUCAACCAGUACCAACAACAGGCUCACGCCGGAGGUUCAUAUGAUCCACACUAUCAAUAUUACCUCCAACAGUACCAGUACCAUCUGAGUCGGGAUCCAUAUUAUGCCAGUCAUACGCACCGAGCUGCAGGCCAGUCAGAUGAGCAUCGAGAGCACCCUGGCGAGACCAGUGACAGCACCAGCGAGGAAGCAGACACAAGCAGCAUCACUAGCCACACAGCUGUUGAAAGCCAUGACAGCACCAGCAGUGACAGUAAUGAAGCCAGUUAUCAAAGCCAUUCCAUCCAGGGAGCAGGAGAGAGUGAUACAGCUGACGGCAGCGACAGCACCAGCCAUGAACGCAGUCAGACUGAGGACAGCACAAGCAGCGAAAGCACGGAGUCCAACGAGACCACCAGUGACACAAAUAAGGGUAGUGAUAGCAAUGAUGUCAAUGAAAGUGCCAACAGUGACAGCCAUGAGUCCAGUCAAACCAGUGUCGACAUCCAUGCUGUCACGACCACAUUGGUGAGCAACGUGAUUGACAGCAGUCAGACCAGCAAGGGUAGUCACGGAACCAGCAGUGAAAGCAGUGAAACUCAUGAUAGCACAAGCCAUGAAAGCAACGAAGGAGACAACAGUGGUGAGAGUGCCAGUGAUGAGAGCACCAGUAGGGUCAGUAACGUCCCUAGUAGUGAUAUAUACAAAACAGUUAAGGCCGAAGUACUCAGCUAUCGGAUGAAGAUUGCACAGAUCAAUGAUGUGGUUGACAACAGUGACAGCAGCAGUGAAGAAACCAGUGUAACAAGCAUGCCCACCAGUGACACUGGUAAGGCCAGUGGCAGAACCAGUCAUGAAAGCAGUGAAUCCACCGACACCGCCAGUCAUGAAAACAGAGGAACCAGUCACAGUCAAGAAAGCAAUGAAUCCAGUGACACCACCGGUGAUACAAGUAAUGGAAUCUUUAAGAGCAGUGACACACUCGGGCAUGUAAGCACUGAAUCCAGUGAUACCACCAGUCAUGAAAGCAAUGAAUCCACUGACACUGGCAGUCAUGAAAGCACUGAAUCCAGCGAAACCACCAGUCAUGACGGCAGUGAAUCCAGUGACACCACCAGUCAUGAAAGCAAUGAAUCCAGUGACACCAGCGGUUAUGAAAAGAGUGGAAUCAUUAAGGCCAUUGACACUCUCGGGCAUGUAAGCACUAAAUCCAGCGACACCAACAGUCAUGAAAGCACUGAAUCCAGCGACACCACCAGUCAUGAAAGCACUGAAUCCAGCAAAACCACCAGUCAUGAGGGCAGUGAAUCCAGUGACACCACCAGUCAUGAAAGCAAUGAAUCCAGUGACGCCAGCGGUUAUGAAAAGAGUGGAAUCAUUAAGGCCAUUGACACUCUCGAGCAUGUAAGCACUAAAUCCAGCGACACCAACAGUCAUGAAAGCACUGAAUCCAGCGACACCACCAGUCAUGAAAGCACUGAAUCCAGCGAAACCACCAGUCAUGAGGGCAGUGAAUCCAGUGACACCACCAGUCAUGAAAGCAAUGAAUCCAGUGACGCCAGCGGUUAUGAAAAGAGUGGAAUCAUUAAGGCCAGUGACACUCUCGAGCAUGCAAGCACUAAAUCCAGCGACACCACCAGUCAUGAAAGCACUGAGUCCAGCGACACCACAAGUCAUGAAAGCACUGAAUCCAGCGACACCACCAUCCACGACAACGGUGGAACCACUAAGGCCAUUGACAGUACCAGCCAUGAAAGCAGUGACACCAGCAGUCAUGAAAGCAGUGAAUCCAGUGACACCAGCAGUCAUGAAAGCAGUGAAUCCAGUGACACCAGCAGUCAUGAAAGCAGUGAAUCCAGGGACACUAGCAGUAAUGAAAGCAGUGAAUCCAGUGGAACCAUGAGUCAUGAAAGCAGUGAAUCCAGUGACACCACCGGUUCUAAAGAGAGUGGAAUCGUUAUGGCCAGUGACAUUACCAGUUAUAAAACCAUCUACACCACCAGCUAUAACAACGGUGGAACCACUAAAGCCAGUGACAGCACUAGCCAUGAAAGCAGUGAAUCCAGUAAGUCCAGUGACCAUACCAGUCAGGAAAGCAAUGAAUCCGGCCAGGAAAGCAGUGAAGCCAAUGACAGCACCAGUCAUGAAAGCAGUGAAGCCAGUAAGUCCAGUGACCAUACAAGUCAGGAAAGUAAUGAAUCCGGUGGCAGGACCAGUCACAAAAGCAGCGAUGUGCAUGAAAAUAAAGGCACAGACUGUCAGAAUGGGGUAGAGAGCUGCGAGAGUGAGGAGUAUUUCUUCCAGGACAUCGGCGAUGACGCCCACUACUCAGUGGACCAUCUGAUGGUGCCAGAUGAAGAUGACAUGGAGUUACGCCUGCGGAGAAGAUGACCUCACCUCUCCCAGAUUAACUUCACCACUAUUGAAUAAGCUGUCUGAACAUAUUAGGUGGACUAUAAGAUCUUUUUUUAACUUUUGAAUGUUAAUUUGGGCAUCAUAAUGUUACCUGAUGUGUGUGAGUGUGCAUGUGUGCGUGUGUAUGUGUGUGUGUGCUCCAGU